UUUCUAGUCCAUCUGUUUGGAAUGUUGCGAAAUUUGCUGCGAAGUUUUGAGCUUGCGCUCAGGCUUCACACAACCACGGCAAUAGCUCCAGUUCUGGCUAGAGCAGCUACAGUUGGCUGCUCGAGACGCACGUUCUUCACGCAGUACGAGUAUGAAAGCCAAGCAAGGCCAAGGAAGUCCCUGCUGACGGCGUCAGCGGCCACCACAGCGAGCACCGGCCACGAGGCGGACAAUGAGUACGUGCCUUAUCGCCUGGAGCAGGAAACGGGCACAAGAGCCAGCGUGCUCAUUGACACACUGAGGGAACGCUUCCGUCUCACCGAUGCCGAGCUCCAGCGGAUUAUGGGCGACGAUUCGGUGCACCGCAGCUACCGCAGUCGCUCUCUGACGAUGACGCUGGACCUGCUGGAACUGGAGGGCGUUAGCAAACGCAGCUUUGUAGAGUAUCCCUGGCUUCUUUCGCUGGACAACAAGCGCCUGCAGCUGAAACUGGAGCUAAUAAAGUCGAUGAACAUUCGGGACUUGAAUCACUUUGUUCCCUUCCUGCGUCUGACUGUUCCACGCCUCCGCAAGCUUGUAUCCGCCCUCAAUGCAGAAAUGAAGACGAUACCGCAGCAGAAUCGCGUCUACUACAUCAGCGAGAGUCUGCAUGUGAGCCCGGAGAUAGUGACCAAGUACCUGUCCAAGCGGCUCUUCAUACUGGAGAUGCCCUACGAAAUGUUCGAGAAGAACCUACAGCAUAUGAUCGACUACAAUGUGUCGCCCAUCAAUAUACUGAAGGAUCUGUGGGCCUUUCGGUACACCCCGCGGUCUGUGCAGUUGCGCUUGGAGAGGGCGAAGCGGGCAAAGAAGGACAAGAUCAUGCCGUGGAUGGUUCGUUGCCCCGAGCUCAUACUACAACGCUCCCUCAAGCUGUCGCUGGAUGAGCUCCAAGUGCUUGGAAAGCACUCCUCCGUGGUGGAGUACUUAGGCCAUCGCUUGGGGUUUAGCGUGAGUGAAACCAAAGUGAUCAUGGACAGACACCCGCAGGUGCAUACUGUGCGGGUUACAAAGAUAAAAGAGGUGCUGGACUACUUGCUGGAUGAGGCGAAAUUCUCACGAUUUGAGAUAGCCCAAGUUCCACGUAUUCUGUGCCACAGCCUGAAGACUACCCAGGCCCGUGUGGAGGAGCUCAAGAGCCACGGGUGUCGCCCCUCCUCCCUGGUUAUCCUUUGUCGCAGCAGGAGGGAGUAUGAGAAGUUCCUAGAGCAUUGGAAGAGCCAAGUGAGAUCUCAGCAAACACCUGCUGACCCAUGAGCAGGGAGAGUAUUGUUUCAAUAAGUUGGUUCUUUAAGUUGCAAAUACGUUUCGAUCAGUAAUAAAUAAUGCCGUGAUACAUUGAACACUGCGAAA